AUGAGCUUUGAUUCUCGCUCCAGAAGCAUCGUGCCCGUGGACGGACCCGUCAGGUACUUAUACGAGCUGGCAAACAGUACCAACUACGAACACAAGUCGGUCAAGUUCUGGUCACUGUGGCUACAGUACGUGGGCUUCCCGGAGCACGAUUGGCUCGUCACCACAGAGCAGCCACCUGACGGGUCGGAAUCUCUGAGGCGCGUCGACAUUGUCAUCGACAAGUACAACCCGAACGAGAAUACGCUCUCGUCUGUCGUGUGGGUGGAAGCCAAGAAGCCUGGCGGCGAUUACAACACCGUCUAUCGUCAAGCGCUCGAUGCUGCCCAGCGUGCGAUUUCCUACGAAGGUCUCUAUCGCGUUUACGCCGUCACCACUGUUGGGACCGCUUUUUGCAUGUGGUACUUGCAAGAUGGAAAGCCAGACUUGACCCCUCUGAACCGUGCGCGGUACAUCGAUGCUGAUUCUGAGGAAUCCUAUGUCAUGGCAGAGGGGAUUGCCACGAUAAAGAGCAACCCCCCUUUGCGAGUAGCGCCAACCAUCCCUAGCCAGCCUUUUCCCGCCCUCGAUGCUCAAGAGACACCGGCUCACGGUGCUAGGAUUGACGCUGACGUGGCAUCUGACCAACAAAUCUGGAUUGCUCAGGACGACAACCAACAGGGGUCGGGCCAUGACCACGGACAAAGCUACGGCCAGCUAGAGCCAGGGGAGAGCCAUGCCCAGCAAGAGCCAGACCCGGUGCCCUCUGCGGGAAGCUCAGGAGCUCCUACGGUCUCCACCAAGUAUCACAAGGUGCAUGUCGUGAAGAAGGGGCUUCUGGGUGGCGAUUAUUGCUUCCAGGAUCACCGCGGAAAGGAACGCAAGACGAAGAAGGGUGAUUGGACGAAGGGGAAGUACAAGGGUCAGAGAGUGUGGCUUUACAAGGGCGGGCACAAUGACUACUACACCAAGGAGUUGCCUUGA